AAAAAAUAUAUUCGAAAUUAAACAAAUCAUUUUUUUAAACCACACAUUCACAUUCACCAGUCACCUACCUUCGUCUCUCUUUCUCUCCUCGCUCUUCCCCACCGUCAGAUCUGCAAAACCCCUUAGAUCUUCCCUUUCAUUGAGGGAUUUUUUUUCGUUAAUUGAGUGCGGUGGUUGAGCGGCGGGUGGCGGAGAGAUUGCGGCGGACUUUAGCGGUGGUCGGUGGAUGCAAGAAAGUGCAGCUUUGGUGAAAAGGAUUAUCUGAUUGAUUUUGCUUUGUUGUUGUCGGACUGAUAGCCCUUUUGUUUUUUCUCCCAGAGAAAAAAAAAAAGGAUUUUGAUUUGAUCUGAUUGGAUCGAGGAAGAGAAAUCGAGUGCUCGUGGUUUAGAGAUUGGAAGAAAGGAUGCAGCAGCAAGAUAUGGGGAAGAAGAUUCCAAAAGAGACUGAGUUUUUCACCGAGUAUGGAGAGGCUAAUAGGUACAAAAUCCUGGAAAUUAUUGGAAAGGGUAGCUAUGGAGUUGUUUGUGCUGCCCUUGACACACAAACUGGGCAGAAAGUGGCAAUAAAGAAAAUAACUGAUAUUUUUGAGCAUAUCUCUGAUGCUAUUCGGAUUUUGCGAGAGAUUAAAUUGCUUCGUCUUUUGAGGCAUCCUGAUAUAGUUGAAAUUAAGCGGAUUAUGAUGCCACCCUCUAGGCGUGACUUCAGAGACAUCUAUGUUGUUUUUGAGCUUAUGGAAUCAGACCUUCAUCAAGUCAUAAAAGCUAAUGAUGACUUGACACAUGAACAUCACCGGUUUUUCCUUUAUCAAAUGCUACGGGCGCUGAAAUACAUGCACACAGCUAAUGUCUAUCAUAGAGAUCUUAAGCCUAAGAAUAUAUUGGCUAAUGCGAACUGCAAGCUUAAAAUAUGUGAUUUUGGACUAGCAAGAGUGGCAUUUAGUGACACCCCAACGACGAUUUUUUGGACGGAUUAUGUUGCUACAAGAUGGUAUAGGGCUCCCGAGUUGUGUGGGUCCUUCUUUUCCAAGUAUACGCCUGCAAUUGACAUUUGGAGCGUAGGAUGUAUCUUUGCGGAGCUCUUGGCAGGGAAGCCGUUAUUUCCGGGUAAAAGUGUCGUGCAUCAACUGGACUUGAUUACUGAUCUUCUCGGUACACCAUCGACAGAUACAAUAUCAGGAGUGAGGAAUGAGAAGGCAAGAAAGUAUUUAAUGGACAUGCGGAAAAAGCAUCCAGUGCCUUUUGCAGAGAAAUUUCCAAAUUCCGAUCCUUCGGCUCUCAAACUAUUGCAAAGAUUGUUGGCAUUUGAUCCAAAGGAUCGUCCAAGUGCCGAAGAGGCGUUGGCCGAUCCUUACUUCAAGGGGCUGUCUAAGAUCGAACGAGAGCCUUCUUGUCAAGCAAUCUCAAAAUUAGAAUUUGAGUUUGAGCGGCGUAGAGUGACAAAAGAAGAUAUCAGGGAAUUGAUAUUCCGGGAGAUAUUGGAGUAUCAUCCUCAGUUGUUGAAAGACUACAUGGCAAGAAAUGGUGGCACGAGUUUUCUGUAUCCCAGUGCCAUUGGACACUUUAAGACGCAAUUUGCCUACCUGGAGGAAAAUGCUGGGAAAAGUGGGCCUGUGAUACCUCCUGAGAGAAAGCACGUUUCUCUUCCGAGAUCUACGGUAAACUCGAAUACCAUUCCACCCAAAGCACAACUGUAUGCCUCUGCAUUUGAUAACCGGAAAGCUAUAGCUGAAGCACCAACAGUACUCGGAGCUCCAGACUCAAUUUCCUGUAAUAUGCCAAAUAUUUCACGCCCACCACCACGCGCGCCAAACACCAAGCCAGGAAGGGUUGUUGGACCAAUUUUACCGUAUGAAAAAGUCUGGAAAGUGAAUGACUCAUCGUCUUAUGAUGGAGUACACAUUCUCCCUUCUCAAUCCAUAUCUCCUCAGUGUUACUUCCAAAAAAGCUCAGGAACGAAUCAAAAUAAUUCCAGGACGAGUACAUCUCAAGCCCAACAAACACUGCCUAAUCAGCAGCAAUACACGGCCCCACCAGCUAAAUCAAUAAGUGGCGGCACGUAUAUCGACUGUAAUAGCAACCCUUACUACCAACCGCAUUCUAAAGUAGCUGUUGGGGGUAUUAUGAAUAUGAAUGGUCAAAUUGCAAUCGACGCCAAAUUGUUGCAGGCCCAAACUCAGUUUGUUGUGGCGGGCCAUCGGGAAGUUGGGGCCGUGCAGAUUGGGCUGACUUAAUAAGAUACUGUAAGUGAUUGAAUGUCAAAAGGAAUGUGAUUGGCCUUGUGAAUAUCAGUUCAUGGAAUGUGAUUGUGAAGUUUAUGUUUUUGGUGCCUGAGAGUGAUCUUGGCUAUUUCCCCUUUGUCUUUGUUUCUAGUUUUUAGUGGUGUACAGUGGUCCAGUUGUUUUCAUCGUUGAACUAUGUAUUAUUGUUGUAAUAGAAAAAGUUACUCAACCAAAUAUGUUUCUCUCUU